AUGGAAGCAUCAAAGAAGGCUUCGAUGGCUUCGGACGAGCAGCCAGACAUUGCCGCGAGGGCGGACAGUGCCCACUUGCAUGCUCUGAUCCAUGGCCAGGACACGCGGAACUUGGCACAGUCGCUGGAGCAAGUCUCGCAUCACACCGGAGCGCUGAAGCGCAUGAUCUCGCCGCUCUCUCUCAUGGAGCCCGUCGGAGCUGGUCAGGAGCACCAUGACAUCGAACAAAAGAACCAGUCAAAGGUAGGCUCCUUUGCUGGCGCCUUGGCCUCUGCGCUCAUCAACCACAUGCUUAUGUUCGGCAUGUGCUGCUCCUAUGGGAUGAUUAUCUUCAGUGAGCAACGGAACGCAGCUCAUCGAGCUCUCGGCGUGAAAAUGUGCUUGGCGGCUUCCUUCAUCGGCGGUGGGUUGAUGUCUGUCUUUUCCGGCAUUCCGGUGGCCAUCGGCGGGACAGAUCUCAACCCUGCGGUGUUCUACGGCGACUGGGUGAUCGCCAUCUCCGAUGAUCUCACUCGUCAGCUGGGCCUCGAAGACUCUGCGAGCUACACGGAUACGUCUGGCAGAUUGCUGAAGAAGGAAGACCCCACCAAGUAUUUCUGCAAGGGUGACCAUCUUCUCGCUUAUCCUCAGGAGUGCGAGUCGUACCAUGCACAGCUCCGGGCGACAAUCAUCUUCUCAGUGGCCUUCUCGACCCUGUUGCUGGCCAUCGUCUGGACCGUCCUCGGCAAGCUGAAGCUGACCCGAUACGUCAGCUACAUGCCGUACAGCAUUUCCGAGGCCUUCCUGGCCUGUGUCGGCUACAAGGUGUUCUACUACGCGCUCAAGUUCUGUGAUUUCGACCCCAGGCAGUUCUUCACUGCCGCCUUCAUCGGAAUCGCCCUCUACUUCUGCAAGGCGCUUCACAUCGGGAAUCCCACCAUCAUGAUGCCUCUGGGCCUGCUGCUGCCUUUGGCCAUCUUCUGGGGGAUUGUGGCCGGGACAAACCAGACCCCUGAAACAGUGCGCGACGCAGGGUGGCUGUUUCCGGAAGUGCAGAACGAGCCCUUCUACCUUGUAUGGGUAGACAGCCUUGGGUCCCUCUCGAACAUCAACUUCAGCGCGUGGGUGACAACAUUGCCCAAUCUGGCUGUGUUCAUGGUCGUUUCGACCAUGGACUGUGUCCUCAAGCUCCACGCCACUGAAAGCAAGCUCCCUCUGAAGGUGUCCACUGAUAGCGAAGCAUUCAUCUUCGGCUGCUUCAACUACCUUCUCGCGUGCUGCGGUGCGGCGACCGGCUACAUGCAGCUGAAGUUCAAUGUCAUCAGCUAUGGAGUUAUGCGAAAUGCACAUGACCGCAGAGCUGGAAUGAUCUAUGCCAUGUUUUGCGGUGCAGCCUACUUCAGCACUGUGGAGCAUUUCAACUACCUUCCGAAGCUGUUCUUAAGUGCGCUUCUGUUCUUCGCUGGUGCUGGCUUUGUCACUGACAACAUGUGGGGAUCCAGAAAGUUCCUGCAUUUCAGUGAGUGGAUGGAGAUCGUUGUGAUUCUCAUCGUGUUCAUUGCGGCAGGCCAGCUGAUUUGGGCCGUCGUUGCGGGACUGGUUCUUUCUGGACUUGCCUUCAUCGGCAAGUACGCACGGGUGCCCUCCUUAGAUGGCCGUCCCAAGCGCGGAGACCAGGUGAUAACACGCGAGCGGCCCGUCGGUGAGGUCGGUCACCAGAGUUUCAUGCACAUCGCUUCUGCUUGGAUCCUGAUCGUGAACCUCAAGGGCUACGUCUUCUUCAGUUCUUGUGUGGCCGUCAUGCGGUCCGUGGAGGAGUAUUUCCAGCAGGAGGACAAGAAUCAGGUGCCUCCGUACAGAAGGCUCAAGUUCCUGCUCUUCGAUGGCUCGGCACUCGAUGGAAUGGAUGCCUCUGGAGCGAUGAGCAUGGCCAAGUUGACACGCAAGGCAAAACAGCGCGGAAUCCGCGUGAUCUGGUGCAACAUCAAGGAUGACUUGGCCGAGGAGCUGCGAGUGCGAAGCAUCCUGGCGUCCACGGAGGAUCGCUUCGAAGACUUGGACAAUGCGAUGACCCACCUGGAGAAGCGCAUUCUGAAGUACAAGAUGAACCAGCAGGACGAGUGGUUGAACCUCCACCCCGCCUUCCGGCGAGACAGGGCGCUGAUGCUGCAGCGCGUGAACUUCGAGCCCUUCAGGGAAGUCUUCUUGUCCGACGGAGCUCGGUUGGGCUGCCCUUGGCGCUACUGCAGCCGUUUGCCCAUCAAAGGUUUCAAGACCAUGUUGUGCGUGCCCGGCGACCAGCACAGACCGCUCUACCUAAUUCACUCUGGCGCCGUCGCCAUCCUUGACGAAGUUCCGGAUCAAGAUGCGAUCAUGGACGCGCACGCUAGCUGGAAGAAGCCGCGGGUCAUCCUCAGGCAGGGGUGGUUCGUGAACGAAAAGACGAUAUUCGGCCAGCCUUCUUCCAGCUUCGCCCUUGCCGUGGAAGAUGGAGAGGUCUUGUUUUGGACAGAAGAGCAAUGGUGGAAGAUGACCAACGAGCAUCCCCUGAUGAUGAUGGAGAUCUCGAAGGCCGUGAUGCGGCAGCAAGGCGAGCACCACUUCCAUCGACAACCUGAGAAGAAUCGACGGCCGUCGGAGUUAAGCAUGGAAGACAUCGAUACGGACGUGCUCAUGAGACGCGAGGUGUCCCCAUCAGAUGUGCAGCCCACAGAAGUAGAAGACUCGGAAGAGGAGGAGCUGAUGAUUCCGUCAGAAAAUCCGGAGGACCUGCCGCCGACAACGUACACCUCCAAUGCCUCCCUUGGCUCUUACCAAUACAACGGUGUCACCCGCUUCAACAAGUCCGUGCUGUGCAGCCCCAUUGACCUGGGAGAAGCCUUCGAGCGGGAUGAGUUGAAAAGGCUGCCACAGUUGCAGACGAGGAUCAUGGAGCUGCACUUUGCUCGCGCCCUGGGUGAACAAGGUUUUUUCAGGAGCGCCGGUGAUGCUGACUACCUCCCUGAGCUGCCAAAGACCUUCGGCCUUAUUCUGCAGAGUGUCGAAUACGAAAGUGCAGAAGCCUCGCAUGAUCGAAUUACGGUUGCCGUUUCGUACCAAGAAACCAUGACUUUUUCAGGCUAG